AUGACCGAGUCACAAGAGCAGGAGCCCUUGGUCUCCUCCCUCUGGACGAGAUCACUAAUCUCCGGUGCAAUAGCUGGCUUGACAGUUGACUGCUCCCUCUAUCCCCUCGACACCAUCAAAACUCGCCUCCAGAAAGCCCGACACCCCGGCUCCGCAGCCGCAGCAACACCCAACCUCUCUCUCCGCCAAACCAUCCGCGGCAUAUACGCAGGCCUCCCAUCCGUCCUCCUCGGCUCCGCCCCCUCCGCCGCAUCCUUCUUCAUCGUCUACGAUGGCGUGAAACGCGCUCUUCUCUCCUCCCCUGAUGCACACUCGCAGACCACUACCGCCGCCCCAUCCCGCUCCCAUAUAAUCCUCACGCAAUCACUCGCAUCGUCAAUGGGUGAGAUCGCCGCGUGCGCUGUGCGUGUCCCGACGGAGGUCGUCAAGCAGCGCGCGCAGGCGGGCCUAUUCGGUGGAUCGAGUCUUGCGGCGUUGAAGGAUAUUCUGGCGCUGCGGCAUGCGGAUCAGACUGCUGCUGCUAAUGGUGCGAAGAGAGGGCAUGGGCAGGUUGUGAGGGAGCUCUAUAGAGGUGCCGGGAUAACAAUUGCGCGCGAGAUCCCCUUUACCGUGUUGCAGUUUACCAUAUGGGAGGGCAUGAAGGAGGCAUAUAUGAAGCGGCGGCAGCAUUCGCAUGGUGGAACUAUUACCACCGGUGAAGUUAUUGCAGGCCAGGUUCCCGCGUCGACGAGCGCAAUGUUUGGCAGUAUUGCCGGAGCAAUUUCGGCCGGGUUGACGACGCCCUUGGAUGUUAUCAAGACGCGGGUUAUGCUUGCGAGGCGCGGAGAUGGGGCCGCGGAGAGUGUGCGGAUCCAGGCUAUUGUGCAGGAGAUUUCCGCUGAAGGGUUUGGUGCGUUCUGGAGAGGGGUUGGGCCCCGGGUUACAUGGAUUGGGAUUGGAGGAGCGGUGUUCCUCGGAAGUUAUCAGUGGGCUUCGAAUACAUUGGAGGGGAGGUCCAGGCGUGAGUAA